ACUUCUAGCCCACAUUUUCUCCCAGAGCUGGGAAUAGAACCCAGGCAUCCGGGCCCCCAUUCCUGCUCCAUCCGCUGGGCCACACCACCUCCUUUAAAAGCUCUUGUUUCCUACCGAAGCAACCACCCAAGGAAGCUGCUUCCUGCCUGGCUGAGGGGAGCAGGGAAGGUCCCUGGAGCUGUCAGGACGUGUCGGGGAGGCUGGACUUUCUGGUUCCCUGACUCACUGUGAGUGACACUGAUCUAGCCGUGCCCUUCCCCUCCCCAGCCCAGGCAGCUGCCAGAGUGAGCUGGAGACUUGAAACAGCCUCAGCUCCCCGGCCCUAGUGUUGGACAGGAGCCCGGGAGGGGAAGGAACCGAAGCCACGUCUGGGAGCCGAGUGAACCCAGGAGCCAGCCCCUCCAGCUGGAGCUGGGCUGGUCAUUCCAAGCCAGUGGGCCCAGAGGCCACCCCAGGACGUCUCUGAUGGGCACCGGGCACUGGGCAGCGAGUCCAUCCCCCCGGCGCUGGGGAGAUCUACCGGGGGCUUAGCUGCCAAUGGAUGGUGCUGGCCGAAGGUCUGCGCUAAUUCUGCCCAUGCCCUCUGACCUCAGCCCCAGGAGAGCUCAAGAGCUGGGGCCGGGUCCCUGCAGAUUUCACCAAAGGCCUCACCCUUUGCCGAUAACCAGCCAUGCCCGACCGGGCGCUCUGCUUCCUGUGCAGUUUGGUGAUGCCUGCCGCCUUCCUGUGCGCAGAUCUGCUUCCCAGGGUCACCUUCCCAAGAGGAGACCCCCGGAGGACCCUAACCAGCUUCAGCCAGGACGGAAUCUUCAACUAUGAUACUUUCCUCUUGAGCGAAGACGAAGGCACUCUGUACGUGGGAGCUCGAGACACCCUCCUCUCCCUCCGGGUGGACAGCGCUGGGUCCAUGAAGCUGACGGGCUCAAUAGCGUGGCCACCCCUGCUUAAAAAAAAGGACGAGUGUGUCUUUAAGAAGAAAAGCAAUGUGACAGAGUGCUUCAACUUCAUCCGUGUCCUGGUGCCAGUGAACCAGACUCACCUGUACACCUGUGGGACCUACGCCUUCAGCCCCAUCUGCUCUUACAUUAAUCUGGAGAAUUUCAGCCUGGUUUCUGGAGGCCAAGGGGAGCCUCUCCUCCAGGAUGGGAAGGGACAGUGCCCCUUCGACCCCCGCCACAAAUAUACGGCCAUCCUGGUGGAUGGUGAGCUCUACACGGGGACCAUGAACAACUUCCAAGGAAACGAGCCCAUAAUCUCCCGUGCCCUGGGCAGCAGGACCUUUCUGAAGACCGAUACCUUCCUCAGGUGGCUAAAUGUCGACGCGGGCUUCGUGGCCUCGGCCAACAUCCCUGGAGACGAGAAGGUCUAUUUCUUCUUCGAGGAGACGGCCGAGGAGUUUGAGUUCUUUGAGAAGCUCACGGUCUCCCGGGUGGCUCGUGUGUGCAAGAAUGACGUCGGAGGACAGAAGGUGCUGCAGAAGAAAUGGACCACAUUCCUGAAAGCUCAGCUGACGUGCGUCCAGCCUGGACACUUCCCUUUCAACGUGAUCCAUCACGCCUUUGUCCUACCCCAGCCAGGAGGGGGCGCCGUCUUCUAUGGACUCUUCGCCUCACAAUGGCAGAUGGGAGACGCAGGCAGCACGGCGGUGUGCGCUUUCAACCUGGAGGACGUCGAAAGAGUCUUCAGUGGCAAAUACCAGGAGCUGAACAAGCAGAGCGCCCGGUGGACAACAUACAGCGAUGGGAUCCCUGAGCCCCGCCCUGGCAGCUGCUCGGUGUACCCAUCAGCGGACAAAGUCCUGACCUUCAUAAAAAACCAUUUCCUGAUGGAUGAGAAGGUUGUGCCCAGGAACAAGCAGCCGCUGCUGGUGAAGCAGAACGUGAAGUAUACGCGGAUCGCAGUCGAUCAGACCCACAGUGUCACGGGCACCUCCUAUGAGGUGAUGUUCCUGGGAACAGAUCAAGGGUUCCUGCACAGAGCAGUGGCUCUGGCCAGCGGUACUCAUAUCAUUGAGGAAAUCCAGCUGUUUAAGGACCCGGAACCUGUGCAGAACCUUCUGUUCUCACCUGGGAAGGGGAUCCUGUAUGUGGGGUACUCCAAGGGGGUGCUGCAGGUGCCGCUGGCCAACUGCAGCGUGUACAGGAGCUGUGCUGACUGUGUCCUCGCCCGAGACCCCUACUGCGCCUGGGACAGGCACAGCCAGUCGUGCCAGGAGACCCGAGGCACAAACAAAAACACGAGUGACUGGCUGCAGGACGUCGAGUGGGGUAGACCGGGGCCUACGUGCCAGCAGAUCAGUGGGAGAGGCAGGGCCACGCCCAGGUCUCGGGACGACUCGGGCAGCAGCCUGGUAAAAACUUUAAGCCCAGCGCUGAACUCUGUGAUCCGGCUGCCCUGCCCGCAGCUCUCCGCCCUGGCCAACUACAACUGGAGCUACCCAGGGGAUAAGACCCCGGCGGGGCUGCUGAUGUUGGACAAUAAGAUGUUGGUGAUCAUCAUGCAGCGCCAGGCGGCGGGCGAGUACACGUGCUGGGCCAGCGAGAACGGGCACCGCCAAGCUGUGGCCCGCUAUGUGGUGCAGGACCCCACGGAAGGCAACAUCCUGAGCGAGAGCGGAGGGGACAGCAUGGUCGGGCAAGAGCUGGAGCGGGGGGCAGGCCCACAGGGCGGGCACCGCUCCUACUGGGCACAGUUUGUGACGGUGACAGUGCUGCUGUCGAUGACGCUGGCCGUAGCAAUGACCAUGGCCGGGUUCUCCUACCACAACAGGCUCAAAGCCAAGAGCAAGGUGCAAGGAUGCAACACCCCCGAAGCCACCAAGGUGUCCAAUCAGGAGAAGGUGCCGCUGAACGGAGGCCGGAGCCCACAGGAGGGAGCCAAGGACCCCAGGGACUGCUGCCUCCAGAUGGAGGGGCUGUACCAGGGCACAGACGCGGACAACAACAGGUUAAAUGCCAGCCCGGGGGCCGGGGAGGGUUUCCAAGGGGCGGCUCUGGAGAAAGCAUAGGCUGGCCGUGCCCGCCCCGACCCGCCUUUCGUCUCGAAAUCAGCCGUGUCGUGGUACCAAGCAGCCCUACGAUAACAAACCAGGGUGUGUGGCUCAGCGCUUGGGAGCGACCCUACAAUAACAAACCGGUCUGCGUCCAGCCCCCAAAUUCAUAACAAACGUCGUAUCAGCUGGUGAGACCUUCCACACAGCGCGCCCAGAAACGGCCCCUGCUCCUCGUCAGCGUGCCAGCUGCUGCCGCCCGCCCAUGGGUGGGUCGCUCCACCGCUGAAGAGUGAUGGGCCCAGCCUGCCUCACUGCGCUGCCUGGGCAUCACCCCCAGAGUCGUGGGACGGGCGUU